AGCGCGGCGGCGAUGGCGGCGGCGGGCGGCCCGGUGGUGAACGGAGCGGAGGGCAGCGGCGGGCUGCGGGCGGCCGCCGGCAUGUACGAGCAGCUGAAGGGGGAGUGGAGCCGCAAGAGCCCCAACCUCAGCAAGUGCGGAGAGGCCCUGGGCAGGCUCAAGCUGGCUUUGCUGGAGCUCAACUUCCUGCCCACCGGCGGCGCCAAGCUGACCAAGCAGCAGCUCAUCCUGGCCCGGGACAUCCUGGAGAUUGGGGCCCAGUGGAGCAUCCUGAAGAAGGACAUCCCCUCCUUCGAGCGCUACAUGGCCCAGCUCAAGUGCUACUACUUCGACUACAAGGAUGAGCUGCCAGAGUCUGCCUACAAGCACCAGCUGCUGGGCCUGAACCUCCUCUUCCUGCUGUCCCAGAACCGGGUGGCCGAGUUCCACACCGAGCUGGAGCGGCUGCCGGCCAAGGAGAUCCAGAGCAACGUCUACAUCAAGCACCCUGUGUCCCUGGAGCAGUACCUGAUGGAAGGCAGCUACAACAAAGUGUUCCUGGCCAAGGGCAACAUCCCGGCGGAGAGCUACACCUUCUUCAUCGACAUCCUGCUGGACACCAUCAGGGACGAGAUCGCCGGCUGCAUCGAGACUGCCUACGAGAGGAUCCUCUUCCCCGAGGCCACUCGGAUCCUCUUCUUCUCCUCAGCCAAGAAGAUGACCGACUAUGCCAAGAAGGUACCUGGGGGGAGGCUCCCCAACCCCUCCUGGGGGUCCCCAAAACCUGGGGGAGGCUCCAGCAGG